CGGGUUAUAUUACCAAAAUUUAUGACGAUAAUACUACGUUGCAUAUUGUUGGGAAUAGCGGCUUACAAGUUAUUUUGACCAUUAAGUUCCAAACAACUAAACUUACUUCUAUUUACGAAGCAGUUAUUCGCCGGGUAAAAGAAAAACAAAAAAUUGAGAGAGGUAGUAUUCUCUUUUUAGUUGUUCAUCAACGGCAAAUUUCUAGCGUAGCAGUAAUGAUCCCCUGGCAGCCUUUACUUUUAGGAAAAGUGAAUAAAUUACCCCGCCUGGGAAAAGACUUUGCUAGUUUAUAUUAUCCCGAGAAAGCCGAAAAAUUAAUGCAAGAGGAUAUGAAUAGACUAGAAAUUAAUUUAAAAAAGAUUCGUAGUAAUCAAAUUUCUUUGGAAGCCAUUGAAGAAUUGUUUGUCGAACAGCAAGGAAAAAAAGAAAAAAUUAAGCAAUUAGCCACUUUGAAAACCAAUCCCGAACGGCAAUUAGUUAUUCAAGUUUUUGAACCAAAAAAAACUUCGGUCAUCAACAAAGCAGUUUUAGAAGCUCAAUUAGGUUAUCAGCAA